AUGAUCACUCCGAUAGCUGAGGACAUUUUUGGCCAAGCAACCAGUUGCGACUUCCAUUUGCCAAGUGAAGCUGGUGCCAAUGUCCUCGCGCUAUGUGAUAUGACACCGUUGCAGGAAUUUUGCGACUUCGGCGACUUCGUGGAGGAUGUAAGCCUACCGGAUCGCGUCGAACUUCGAGAUGCCUCAGACCAAACCACUUCGAGUUCGUCGCCGUCAAGUCCUGGGUCGAAUGGAACACUGGUUUGGAGCGCACGCUCAGGCCCCGAAGUGCAUGCAAAGAAGGAGAAACGUCGAAAACAGAAUCGCAUGUCCCAGGCGGCUUUUCGACAACGGAAAGAGCAAGAGCUGACAGCAUUAAGGAAUCAAGUCAAAGAGCUUCUCGCAGAGCGACAGGGAUUGCUGGAUCUUCACGCGAGAACGGUGAUGGCAAUAGAUCACAUGAAGCGUAUCGUGCUGGGUCUUGACUGUGGUACGCUGGUUCCGAAGUCAGAUUUGCCUUCAAUCCUGAAACACGACUCCAAUGCCUGGGAGCCUCAUCGUCAGUGA